GUCCCUGGGCCCUAUUUGUAUAAUUACUGCUUCUAUUUGAAAAAAUGUUGCCCCUCCCAAAGCUCAAUUCUUUGGGUGGUUGGCAUGGAGAAGGAGGAUCAAAUCAUCCAGCUAUCUUCAAAGGAUUGGAGUUCUCAAUAAUAAUGCUAUUGUUCUUUCUGUUUUCUGCAGGACUGAGGUGGAAUCUGAUGAUCAUGUGUUAUUGCACUGUCUGCUUGAUUGGUUACUUUGGUCACAUGUUAUUAGAUGGUGGGGUUUAGUUUGGGCAUUACCAGGCUCUGUUAAUGACUUACUCCAAUGGUGGGCCGGUAUAAAUCUGUCAAGACUGGAGAGGAAAAUCUAGAAUUCCAUUCUAUUUGCUGUUUUAUGGUGGAGGAAACAAAGUUUGUGUUUGAAGCCAAGAUAAUCCAGAGAAUGGAGCUUCUAGUGCUAUCUACUCUUCAAUGGAAGAUGAAUUCUCUGACCCCACUUUCAUUUGUUGAUCACAUUGUGAGGAGGUUUGGAUUUAAGACAGAUUUGCAUUUGGAGUUUUUGUGGAGGUGUAUGGUUGCACAAUCACUAGAUUUAUUUGAUAAAUCUUGA